AUGUCUACAGUUAAUAACACGAGUCCCGUUCACCGUCGAAAAUCCAAUAUAUCCUCUACAUCCUCGAAAUCGGAAGAUUCAAUUCCGUCACUAAGAUCGCAGAAAAUCAUCACUUCCAGGUCACCAAAAGAUCCCUCUCCCAUAUAUCAGGAAGAUAUUACACUACCAAAGCCGCAGAUAACAGGGUGGACUAUUUUCGAUUACACGUUAGCGAUAUUACGCAGUGACAUUUUUCUCAAUGGACUUGCCUUUCUAGGCGCCCUUCUAGUUGUUUAUCUGACUUGGUACAAAUUUUUUACGGAAGUAAUAGUGUGGAUCCCAAAUUUUCCAGGCAAUGAAGGAAUUUCAGUGUUUGAUCCGCUUGGUGAAACAAAUACAAGAGCAGUGGAUUCAAAAGUAUCUAAAUCCGGAAGGGACCAGGUAAAUCGAGGAGUUCGUCACUAUCCUGAAAUAAUUGGGGUCCAAACGUUGUCAAGCCCACUUGAAGGUCUCGCGAUGUUACACGAAGUUCAUACCUUUGAUUCUUUACAAGCCGCAUAUUCAGAUAUUCCGUAUGUUAUGAACAAUCUCAUACAAAGUGUACCAGAUCUAUCGGCGGAUUCUCUGGCGCUCAAUAAAAAGCUCAAAGGCUUCCGAAAUCAUGCUUGGGCACUCUCGAAAGAUAUUGGAGAUUACCGAAAGCUUUUCGAUCCGUUGAUUAGAAUUUUGAAAGACGAGAGCAAUCUACUCAAGACAGCGCUUAGUAAGGUGAAACUUAAAGACAAGUGGAAAGAUCCACUUGACCUAAAUUCAAAAGAAGGUAAAGAAAUCACAGAGAUUUGGUUCAAUCACUACGAACAGCUGAAGAAGGAAAUGCGUUAUCUCUGGGAGAGAACACAUACGUUUCAGCAGAGUGCAAUUGUCGGGGCCAUCAAAGAAAGGGAAGCUCUUGCUAGAGCAUUGAAGGGAGCAGAAUCCCGCAUGACUAAAGAAGCAAAAGCUCGAAAUUGGGAUAAUUUUGAUUUCCACCAAGCCAACAAACUACUUGAACGACUCAGGAGUGGCUCGGCUAAUGAUCCACAAGGUUAUGAGUUGCAGCUUUCUCUGGCCUCCAAACAGAUCGAGAAGAUGGUGAAGCAACGUGUUGGUGCUAUCGAAAAUGCGACAGAGAUGCUGCAGUUGUGGAAGUCUCAGGAACCAAUAUCUCCGACGGAUCAUGGACCCGUACUGAUCAAACUUCCGCCACUUAAGGAACAAAUCAAUGAGGUCGUUAGGGUCAGCCGAGAAAUUGACAAAGUCAAGGCGUGUAUUGAUGAACAAGUGGAUGAUUUGUGGAAAAAAUUGAAGGGGAAGGAACGCGGUUCGCGACAGAGGAUGGAAGCAUAUGAUUAUGUGCUUGGUGGAAAUGCGAGGAAGGACAAGCUAAGGAAAAAGGGGAUGUCGUCUUAG